GCAAUUCUAAAACUACUACUAUAUAUAGCAACAAGAAUUCAUUACUUGCGUGAUAACUAUACUACUAUUGUUCACAAUUCUUCUUGAAAGGAAAAUGAGUUGGUCUGGAGGAGAUUGGGUGUGUGGUGUUUGCCAGCACAUAAAUUUCAAGAAGAGGGAAGCAUGCCAGAGUUGUGGAUACCCCAAGUAUGGAGGGCCUGACCCUUCAACCUACAUAUACAACAGGACUGAAGCUUUGGCAGGGGAUUGGUUUUGCAACUGUGGAGCUCACAACUAUGCAAGUAGAUCAAGCUGCUAUAGGUGUGGUGCAAUCAAAGAUUAUUGCUCUUCAGGAUAUGACACCAACUCUGGAGAAUAUGGAUUUGAUCCUUUCCCCCCAGGAUGGAAGACUGGAGACUGGCUAUGCCCAAGAGUUGGAUGUGGAGUGCAUAAUUAUGCUAGCAGGGCAGAAUGCUUCAAAUGCAAAAUGCCAAGGGAGUUUGACUGAAAAGAGGGAAUUUCCAGAAGACCUGCAAUAUCAGUUAUUUGUCUAAACAUGAGUCAAGGCUCUCUGUUAUAGUCAAAGCAAGGGUUUUUGGUUAGGAAGAAAUAAGGAUAUUAUUGCUUCUAAGUGCUAGAUAUAGUGACAACUAGCUUACGAAACUCGCAUAUUUUGUUCUCCAUAUUCAUUACUGAGAUAAUUAAUUAAGCUUUAGAAACUACUUUACUUUAACCCUAUACACACACGGGGAAGAAAGAGGUUGUGUACUGGUGUGGAGCAUGUAUCCAUAUAGAAUAAGUUAUACAUAUCAUCUAUCAUCACAUAAAUAACAUUUAGUCAUCUGUUUAAAUUUUUUUUUCUU